AUGUCUCAAAUUGGAUUUCCUUCUUCUACAAAUCCAACUUCUACCACUACUGUAUCUUCUACUGGUUUAUUUGGAACAUCGUCGACUUCUAGUGGCACUGGUAUUUUCGGCUCAUCUUCAUCGAAACGAUUGUUUGAGCUACCAACAACAACUGCAGCUUCUGGAGGAUUGAGCACUGGUGCACCGAAUCUCGGAUCUGUGGCGUCGACUACAACUACUAAUAUUUUUUCUAAUUUUGGUACAACAACUACUGUAGGAUCAGUUUCAACAUUUGGUGCAGUUCCAUCUACGGCUUCUGCUUUUCCUUCAGCACCACAGUCAUCGACUAGAUUAUUUGGAUCUCUUCCCACCAGUACUACAAUUCCUGCUACAGUUACACCAUUCAGUACCACUACCUUUCCUCAAAAGCAAGCUGAAGGCGGAUUAUUUAGUUCAAAUAUUUCCUCUAAUCAAGCGGGAAAGCUGUUUGGUUCGACUAAUACAGCUACAGCAACUCCAUCAGUUGGUCUUGGCGGAACGAGUAGUCUUACAUUUGGAGGUGGUGGUCCCACUGCUGGAGCAGAUCCUGGAACUGGUGUUGCUGGUGUUGCAGCAGCUGGCAACCCUAUGGAAGUUGAAGUGCCUCAACCGCUUAUGGAUUUGAUAAGUCAGCUCAAAAAGCGUAUUUCAAGAAAUAAGGAGCUUUCUGAUGAGUUCUCGAUGAACAGUGUUGAUCAUUGUCUGAAAAUUGAAGAUAAUUUGGAUGAAUUAAAAAAAAUUUGUGUUAAACAAUUAGCUACACUUAAUUCUUGUAGUAAAAAAGCAGCGGAAUUAGGAGAAAGAACUGAAAGAGAUUUCCGCGCUUCUGAACAACUACAACGACGUUAUCGUGAAAUGGUGAAAAAUCCUCAAUAUGGACAAAAUCAGGCUUUGGAAUAUUUGCAAUCAAACUGUAGUGAUUAUGAUACAUUAAUUAUGGAUUUUCGUGAACGUUUAGAUCGUAUUAACGAAGUUCUUCAGCAACGUCUUCUUACUGAUCAAGCUAAAAAUCAAUUAAGUGAAGAGGAUUUCGCACGUCAUAUAGCGCUUUUUGAUAAAUCGUUCAAAGCUAUCGUCGCACAAGCUUAUUCGUCGAACCAAGUUAUUAAGGAUUUAAAAGAGAGUUUUGCUGCCUAUUAUAAACGAGAAAUGCCAUAUUCAGUUAAUCCACUCGAAAAGCGAGGUGGUGGUGAUAAAGCAGUUUCAACUAGGUUUUCAGGAGCUGAAGCGUUUCCAUCAACUUUGACAAUAAUGAGGAUUGGCGAAAUGGCAAAAUCGGCUGUUCCUACUCAAUCCACAACGGGAGGACAAACAUUCGGUGGUUCUGGUGCAUUAUUUGGAUCUAAACCUUUUGGGACUUCUCAAUUUUCUUUCAACCCAUCUGCUGGGACUUCGGCAACAUCAUUUUUUAAACCAUUCUCCUCGACUCAGGGGCAAAGCUCUUCUUUAUUUGGUAAUGUGGCUAAUACUUCAGCGCCUCCAGCGGCUCCUACAACGACUGCUUCUUUCACCUUUGGAAAUACUUUGAAUUCUUCUGUUAGUGGCACUCUAUUCGGAGGAAGUGCUAUUAAACCUUUUGGAAAAUGA